UCUCUCACCGGUCGCGUGACCACGCACCGACGACGUCACGUCUCCCACCUGCGCUUGAACACAACCGUGCGCGCUCCCGCACCCCCCUUCGCAGGUCGCGUCGGGGCUACGCCAGCGACAAUGACGACGACGAUGACCACCGUCAUCGCGACAAUGCUGCUGGUGGCGACGACGGGGGCGGCAGCGGCGUCGACGGUGUCGGCAGACGACGCGAAGAAGCCUUCUCCGUCCCAUCCGUACGGGCUGUGUCCCCCGGGCCACCGCGUCUCGCUGCCGUUCUCCACGAAGGCCGUGGAGGGGCAGCAGAAGCAGCUGGAGGACGCGUCCCACGUGGAGGCACGUUGCACUCGGUGCCCGCCACGCCACUACACCCAGUUCUGGAACUCCCUGGACCGGUGUCUCUACUGCGGCCCGGGGUGCAAGGAGGGUCAUCGGCUCGCGAAGGAAUGCAGCCCCACGCACGACCGUGUGUGCGAGUGCGAGCCGGGCACCUUCCUGCUACAGGAGUUCUGCGUGCCGCACAGAAGCUGCGCCGCUGGGCACGGCGUCGUCACCAAAGGCACGCACGGGGGGCGGGGGGCGGAUACACCACGAUCCCCGCACGAAGACACGCACUGCGCCCCGUGCCCUUGGGGAUUCUUCUCCCCGGAGGUAUCGGCCGAUGCCGCGUGCCGCCCGCACACAAACUGCUUCACUCCGGGCUCCGUGCAGCUGCUGCCCGGGGCCUCCACGCACGACGCGCUCUGCUGCAACCCAAGACGCGUCGCCUCUCUUCCCUCCGCAGGGGAAGAUGGUGCCGAGCCUCCGUCGUCUAACCCGCCGCCCCAGCCGGAGUACGCGUGCGUGGACGCGACCCUGCGAUUCGUGGACAGCGUCGGUCACCUGAUUCUGCCGUGCCUGGCCCACCACGACACGAAGGAGGCCGCCUACAUCUGGAAGCUUCUGGCCGGUGCCGCGAGGCGGCGGCGGCGGGAGCAGGAAGGGCGCAGGCAGCGUGGGGGGAACGAGACGAAGCGGGCGAGGAGGUUGGAGAGGCAGCUCGAGAUGCUGCUGGGGAUUUGCGCAAAGGGAGCGUCGCCAGGAGGGUCGGUGAGAAUGCACGCGGCGGCGACGGCGGCGGCGGACUGAAUGUGGUCGAACAAGAUGGGGGGAAGGGCCUUUGAAAUGGUCAUGUUAGUCAAAAAACCAAGUUUGAGGACGUCCAUUUUCUUGGUUCUUUCGGUAAAGUCACGUAGAAUGGAAAUAACAAAAUAAUAAAAAUAUAAUAAAAUAUAUUAUUAUAAAUAAUUAAAAUAAGAAAAUUUUAGAAAUUAAGCAUAAUGAAAUAUAUUAUUAUAUUACUUUUUAAUGCUUUAUUUUAUUAUUUCCCUUCUA